AUGGGCAAGUCGAUCAUAUUGUUAAAGAAUGAAACUAUUCCACAUGAUCCUUACCGAGAAAAAUUUAAAGAGAAAAGUAUCGAUGUCCACUUUCUUCCAUUAUUAACCCAUAAUCCUAUAAAUCAUGCAGAAAUUAUUGGCUUUCUAACUGGGGAUAUGUUCCUAAAGGAAUAUAAGGCCUUCAUCAUUACCUCACAGAGAUGUAUCGAAUCCUUGGAUACAGUACUCUCGAUGAUUGAUGAUAAGGAUACAUUAAAUCAGAUCUUGCAGAAGCCCGCUUACACGGUUGGUCCUGCAACAUAUGAUGUUCUCUCUGCGUUAGGAUUUAGAAAUAUCAAGGGUGGUAUGAAUGCCGGUAACGGGUCAAUUCUUUCUGACUUGAUAAUGUCCGAUGAACUUUUCAAGGAUGGCAAUAAAAAGAUUUUGUUCCUUACAGGUGAAAUACGCAAGGAUAUUAUUCCGAAGAAGCUAAAAUCAGCUGGCUUUGAUCUGAAGGAACUUGUCGCUUAUAGAACCCAGGUGAGAGGCGAUGUUGUUUUGAGAUACACAAAGCUAUACAAUCAGUUAGUAUCUAAUGAUAAUGAAAAAUGGGUUGUUUUCUUUAGCCCGCAGGGCACAGAGUAUAUCACCCAACAUUUGAUAAAUAACAAACCAGACUUUAAGAUUGCAAGUAUAGGUCCUACAACAGAAGAAUAUCUCAGAAAUUUGGACAUUCAGCCAAAUGUGGUUUCGGGGAAACCGAAUGCUUCCUCUUUAUUAGAAAGUAUAUCCAAAGCGUAA